AAAUGGAAUAGAAAGCUUUUCUGGUAUGGUAUCUACUUUAGAUUUUCAUUUUAUAAAGUAGCAAAUAGACACACAGAGCAUAACAGCAGCGGCAUUGAGACUUGCCACUCAGCUGUAAUGGUGGCGGACACUACCCUACUCCGAGCACCUGAACGGAGAAUUAGGCUCCAUGCUGUGGAAAAUCCCAGGAACUCGAAGCAAUGUUUUGGAAACAAUUGUACCCAACUUGACAAGUUAUUGAUUCCUUCUGGAUUUUUGUCUAAAAUUUGUGGUUUUAUGAUUGUUCUUUUUCCAUUUUCAGCAUUGCAGUUCUUCUGUCCCGUCUCUCUUAUCUGCUUGCAAAUAUACACGGCCAAGGAAGAUACCCAACAACUUCAAUCGAGUUUCCGAAGACGAAGAAGCGACGAUCCCAUUAUCGCAAACGAUGCGAAGGCCUACUUAGCAUCAAGGAAGAAAGCAAACAAGUUAAUAAACAAGUCUUUGAGAGAUUUAAAGAUCAAUAAAUGUGGGUUUGCUGAUGUUGAUGAAGCUACAUGUAGCAUGUUAAGAGAUGUUGAAGGGGUUACUUUCACGGUGCUCAAAUCGGUUUUUUCUUAUAUAACUGCGACGAUGCCGGAACCAAAAUCGACCAACUGGUCUUUGGUGUCAAAGUUGGUGCACUCGAGAUGCGUAACGUGCAAGGGACGAGGUUCGGAGACGAAUGAAUUGGAGAGAGUGAAUGCAUUGUUGUGCGGUCUAAUUGGUUAUAAAAGUAAGAAAUGUGGUGAUAUGAGCAAUGAGAAUGCAGUGAUUGAGUUGCAGAGACUUGAGACAAGCAUUGAAGAUGUUGAAGAUGGAAUUGAAUGUGUGCUUAAGCUUUUGAUUAAAACUAGAGUUUCUAUUCUCAAUAUCCUCAGCCAUUAAUUGCUGAAUAUCAUAGCAGAUGGCAUUUACAAAAAGGGAAAAAGAAUUCCCAGGGAAAAAGAAUUCCCACAAUUUCUUUUUUGGCCAAAAAAUUCCCAAAAUUUGAUGUACAUUCCUUGUAUAUAUGCCUCAAAAAUACAUGUAUAAUACUAAUCCUAAAUAUAAAUACUACAAUUUUUUUGAACAAA